GUAUGCAGUUUCCGUGCGUCUCUCGUGUGUUCGCGCUGCUACGUUCAUAAGAAGAUUGAAGCUAAAAGCACUAAAUUUACGCAAGGAAGCACCGUUCGUCGUUUGUGCUAUGUGCAAAAAUUGCGCGCUAUUCACGCGGUUUUUCGAGUGCGAGUCGUCGAAGGCGGGGGCUCGAAGGACUCCAAGGCGACGGCUGACGCCUGUGGUCGCUUCCCUCAGGACAGUGUGAAAGAAACUGAAGUACAGUGGAGGCUGCAGGGCUGCUUAGCCAAUAUGAAUGGUGGAAUCCCUGCACACGUGUUCAUCCAUGCUGCAUCAGCUGCUUGGUGCUUUCAUAGCCUCUUUGCAGAUGCGUUGGAUUGAUCUUGAGCAGGAAACGAGGAGCGGCAGCAGCCCCCUAAAAAGAGCAAGCACUCCCAAGCUCCAAAAGCUCUCUUCGACACAAACAGCAAAGUCACUGUGUGGCAUCGAAAACCAUUGCAAGGAGUGCCUUACCAGUACACUGUGCUGCUCUUUCAUCGCGGAAGACGAAGAUGACCACUCCAGGGAACUUCACCCUGUGUAUUAUGCCUAUGAAGGACACAUCAAGUUCUAUGGCAGUGACCUCUCAAAUCCACAGUGGUGCCGGAGCCUCAAGCAGCAUUUAGCCAAUCUCCUUAAGGCGUUCAUGAGAUAAACACAGCACCACACUUUCACUGUGCUAUGAUUAAUAUUUAUGUUUCAAGAUUUCGUUCGAAAAUUGCUGUUACAUUAUGUUUUGUGCCACCAUCCUGUGGCUUAGUUGGAGCUUGUAAAAUUGCGUUGCAGUCACCUCAUCUGCGUAUUAUUAACACUGCGUUGAGGCUAUUCUCAGUUGGAGCAUAUGGACAAAUAAAAAAAAUUAUUUAUUGUAA